AUGAAGCUCAACAUUCUCUUGCUCCUAUGUGUUGUGGGCCUCAGUCAGGCAGACAGGGAGAAGAUCUAUAAUGGCGUUGAGUGUGUGAAGAACUCACAGCCUUGGCAGGUGGGGCUGUUCCAUGGCAAAUACCUGCGCUGUGGUGGUGUCCUCGUGGACCGCAAGUGGGUCCUUACGGCUGCUCACUGCAGUGGGACGAGGUACAUGGUGCGCCUUGGGGAACACAGCCUCUCCAAGCUGGAUUUGACGGAACAGUUGAGACUCACCACCUUCUCCAUAACACACCCCAGCUAUCAUGGUGCCUAUCAGAACCAUGAGCAUGAUCUUCGACUCCUACGGCUGAACAGACCCAUCAGCUUGACCUAUGCUGUCCGGCCCGUGGCCCUGCCCAGUUCCUGUGCACCCACUGGGGCCAAGUGUCAUAUAUCAGGAUGGGGUACUACAAACAAGCCAUGGGACCCAUUUCCAGAUCGGCUCCAGUGCCUCGACCUCUCCAUUGUCUCUAACAAGACGUGCCGGGCCGUAUUUCCUGGAAGAGUGACAGAGAACAUGUUGUGUGCAGGUGGAGAAGCUGGGAAGGAUGCCUGUCAGGGUGACUCUGGAGGACCCCUGGUAUGUGGAGGGGUUCUUCAAGGUCUGGUUUCCUGGGGCUCUGUUGGGCCUUGUGGUCAAAAAGGCAUCCCAGGGGUCUACACCAAGGUCUGCAAAUACAUGGACUGGAUCAGAGUAGUCAUCAGGAACAACUAA